UCAGCAUUAGUUGCCCUUUGCUAUUAUGAAAAAGUAAACAAAUCACUAAAAAAAGAGGAUAAAGAAGAUAAUAUAAUGUAUUGUUAUCACAGAAGUAAAAUGCGUUCUUUUUUAUCAGAAAAUGAUAUAGAUGAUCAUAUAUCUCAGUCAGCUUCAGAAAUAGAUAAAGACAUUGAGGAAAUAUUAAGAAGAGGAUCAAAUUGUGGAUCAUAUAUCUUGACUCCAAAAAAGCUUGCCAAUACUAAAUAUACUAUUAAUCCAGAUAACUCUCAAAUAGAUGAUGAUAUGUGUUUAAAAUAUGCUUUAGGUGCAUACUUUGCAAGUAAUAGAGGUAAAAAUAAAAAUUUACAAUGUCUUUCUGUUCUUCAACCAUAUCUGGAUAUAGUCAAUUUAGAUGGAAUUCCUAUGCCUACUCCAAUUUGCUCACGUAUUUUUAAUAAAAUUGAGGAGAUGAACCCAGAUAUCUCUAUUAAUAUCUGUGAAUGGAAAGAAGAAAAAGCUACUCCCAAACCAGUAAUUGCUAGCAAGAACUAUAAUAGACAACAUAUUAUUGACCUUAUGGCUCUUACAGAUAUUACUAAAUCUAAAGAUGAUAAGUAUGGACAAAAAAAUCACUUUCUUUGGAUUAAAAAUAUAAAUGGACUAGUUUUCAAAGAUACUGCUCAUCAUGGUAAAAGAUAUAUUUGUAAAAAAUGUACUAUAAGCUGGCCAUCAGAAAAAUCUUUAGCCUAUCAUCAAAAGCACUGUUUCGGUUUAGGAGAAGCAACCCAAAGAGUUAAAUUACUUAUCAAAGAUGAUAAUGACUUUGAGAAGUUUAAGAACUAUGGACGAAUGAUCAAUGCUCCAUGUGUUAUUAUAGCUGACUUUGAGGCUGAUAAUAAGAAAUGCAAUGAGAAAUAUGGAGGGCAAAUGCGAAAGCUUGCUGAACAAAAAGCCAAUAGCUUUUGCUACUUGGUUUACUGGAUCGAUAAUAGAAAUGUAUGGGGCCCAUUCCUAUAUAGAGGAGAAAAUGCUACUCAGAAAUUUGUUAAAAGAAUUGAUAAGGAAUUAGUUCAAAUUAAUAGAAUAUGUAAAGAUAAAUUCAAUAGAGAUAAUAAAGAUAAGAUUGAACCAUGGAAAACUCCUAUCCCAGUUGUCUUUCAUAAUUUUCGGGGCUAUGACUCUCAUUUAGUCUGUGAAUCUGUUGGGAAAUCUGUUAAUGCUCAUCAGAUAAAAGUUAUAGCUGAAAUAUUUGAGCGUUAUAAAUCUAUGAAGGUAGGUCAACUUAAAUAUAUAGAUAGCAUGCAAUUCAUGAAUAAUAGCUUGGCAAAUCUUACAAAAAAUUUGGGUUCCAAUCACCCUAUUACAAGCCAGCACUUUAAAGACUAUUCUUUAGAUCAAAUUUCAUUAGCAAGUCAUAAAGGAGUUUAUCCUUAUGAUUAUAUAGAUUCUCAAGAAAGAUUUAAGGAAACAGAGCUUCCUCCUAUCCAUGAGUUUCAUAGUAUUCUUAAAGGCAAGAUUUCACAAGAUGACUAUUAUCAUGCCCAAAAAGUAUGGAAAACUUUUGGUUGUAAGACUCUAGGAGAGUAUCAUAAUCUCUAUCUUAAGAUUGAUAUACUUACACCUGCAUUAGCUUGGGAUGCUAUGCUUAAGAUGACAGGUGUUAAAAUAGAGCUCUUUACAGAUAUGUCUAUGUAUGAUUUUAUAGAAGAUGCUAAGCGUAGAGGUAUAGCUAUAGCCUGUAAGCGCUAUUUCAAAGCCAAUAAUCCAAAAAUAGGCAAGACAUUUGAUCUAUCUAAACCCACAACAUAG